UGCCGUAGCCUUGUAGGGCCAAAAAAAAAAAAAAAGUGAAUCCACCGGACGCGACUUUGGUUUUCUCUUCAGUAUUCAUUUUCGAGAAAGAGAACAAUUUACAAGUCGGAAAACCCUCCAUAAUCGGACAAAGGCUAUUGUGUAGGUUUCUUAAUUCUUGUUGUUAUAGCUAGCAAUGGCGCCGCUUCUCUUCGAGGAUAUCUUUAAUAUUCAUAAAAUUGAUCCUGAUGGCAAGAAGUUCGACAAAGUUUCUCGAAUUGAAGCACAGAGUGACAAGUUUGAUGCAUUCAUAUUGCUCGAUAUUAACAUAGACGUGUAUCGUAUCAACAAAGAUAAGAGGUAUACCAUUGGAUUAGCAACCACUCUUGAUCUUGAUGGGGUUGCUGACUCUGGGUUUUACAACCAGACCUCAAGGGAAACACUGGCAGACAGAUACGAUUAUGUCAUGCAUGGGAGAACUUAUCGCAUAACUGAUAUUGAUUAUGAAGGACAAGAGAAGGGAGAGAUAUUUGUUUCAUUUGGUGGACUCUUAAUGAUGAUGAGGGUAGACAAGAGUGUCAGCAAAAAUUUUCAGCUGGACCAGAGGUUGUUCUUGUUGAUGAAGAGAACUGAGUAGGCUUUCCAAGUAUGGGAACAGAUAUCUGACUUGUCAAGCUGUAAAACUGUUUUUGGACAAUGUAUUGAGAAGUGGAUAUGUGGUAUGACAUAGGUAUUGUCUUUCAAAUACCCGAGCCUGAUUUUUAAAUAUUGUUAAGAAGCUAGUCGUGAUAUUUGAAUGGAUUCAUUAACUAUUUGGAUGUCUCUAUUUUGGUGCUAAAUGAAAUGGUAUGAAUGUAGCUUUA